CGCAGAUGAGGCGCUCGGCUGGGGCCAGCGGCGCUUCGGAACCGGAGCAGGGGGGACCCUGGCGGUGGGGCUUGGCCCUGCUGUAUGCCGGCGCCUCGGCUAGAGUGAGCGGCGGCGGCGCCCUUCCUCCGGCUCUUUCCCUGUGGCCGUGAGUUCGAGCGGGUGGUAGGCGGCAGAGGCGGCGGGGCCGGGAUGGAGGACGUAAAUUCCAAUGUGAACGCGGACCAGGAGGUGCGGAAGCUGCAGGAGCUGGUGAAGAAGCUGGAGAAGCAGAACGAACAGCUGAGGAGCCGCUCCGGGGCCGUGCAGAGCGCUGGCUCCCUGGGGCCUGGCAGCCCUGUUCGGGUCGGCGGGUCCACUCCCUCUUCUGGCGCGGCGUCCCCUCGGGGCUUCCCCUUGGGCCUCAACGUCAAGUCGGGCAGCGGGGCCGGGUCGGGCCCAAGGCGGACGAGUAGCGAGGAGCUGCGGGACGCCACCUCCUUGCUGGCAGCGGGCGAGGGCGGCUUGCUGGACGAGGUGGAGCCGCUGCGGCCCGAGGAGCUGGAGCGCCUGUCAGGCUGGGAAGAGGAGGAGGAGAGCUGGCUGUAUUCAUCACCAAAGAAAAAACUUACACCAAUGCAGAAAUCAGUUAGUCCAUUAGUUUGGUGCAGGCAAGUUUUGGAUUACCCAAGUCCUGAUGUUGAAUGUGCUAAAAAGUCUCUUAUCCACAAACUUGAUCAAACUAUGUCAGCUCUCAAGAGGCAGAAUUUAUAUAAUAAUCCUUUCAACUCCGUGAGUUACACAAGUCCUUACAGUCCAAAUGCCAGUAGCCCAUACAGCAGUGGUUUUAAUUCUCCAUCCUCAACCCCAGUGCGACCUCCUAUAGUCAAACAGCUAAUACUUCCUGGAAAUUCAGGUAAUUUGAAAAGUUCAUCAGAUAGAAAUCCUCCACUCAGUCCUCAAUCCUCUAUAGACAGUGAGUUAAGUGCUUCAGAAUUAGAUGAAGAUUCAAUUGGAUCCAAUUAUAAGCUAAAUGAUGUAACUGAUGUGCAGAUUCUAGCUCGGAUGCAGGAAGAAAGUCUCCGGCAAGAAUAUGCAGCCACCACAUCUCGUCGCAGUUCUGGUUCAUCUUGCAAUUCUACAAGACGGGGUACUUUUAGUGAUCAGGAACUUGAUGCACAAAGUUUAGAUGAUGAAGAUGACAAUAUGCAUCAUGCAGUAUACCCCGCUGUUAACAGGUUUUCACCAUCACCACGCAAUUCUCCUCGACCAUCUCCUAAGCAGUCACCCCGAAAUUCACCUCGUUCUCGAUCUCCUGCUCGGGGAAUAGAAUAUAGUAGAGUGUCCCCACAGCCUAUGAUUAGCCGCUUACAGCAACCUCGCCUUUCACUUCAAGGCCAUCCCACAGAUUUACAAACAACCAAUGUUAAAAAUGAAGAAAAACUAAGGCGCAGUCUUCCAAACCUGUCCCGGACAUCUAAUACACAAGUUGACUCAGUGAAAAGCAGCAGAAGUGACUCAAAUUUUCAAGUGCCAAAUGGAGGAAUACCUCGCAUGCAACCUCAGGCUUCAGCCACUUCGCAAAGGCUGAAAAAUUUGCCUCGUACUUCUCUCAAAGCCAAACAGUUGCUUCAAACUUCAUCUACAAAAAGAGUACCUUCUCCAGGCAAAUUCCGCUCCCCUGCAGCACCAUCUCCUUUGGCUCUCCGGCAACCAGUAAAAGCAUUUAGUAACCAUGGCUCUGGUUCUCCUGGUAGCCAAGAAACAACACAACUUAUGCAAACCACCUCCUCGCCUGGGCCUCCCAUGGUUCAGAACACAGUCCCAGCAAAUCCUCCCAGCAAUAUCAACAGCACUACUCUAACCAGACCUGCAGGGACAACCAUGAUGAGAAGUGGCUUGCCCAGACCUAGUGCCCCUUCUGCGGGGGGUAUACCAGUGCCUCGCAGCAAACUUGCACAGCCUGUUCGCAGAUCCUUGCCAGCUCCUAAAACCUAUGGUAGCAUGAAAGAUGACAGUUGGAAAGAUGGCUGUUAUUGACCAGCAAAGACAAGAAUGCAGAGGUCCACAGCUUCAUGGAUACCCCUUCACCAGGCUAAAAGACAACUUUUAUAUGCAGACUGUUCAGAUAAGACUCUCGGGAUUUAUAAAAUCCCAGCUCUCUCUGUCUUAAUUAGCACAAACUGACAGAGAUGAUCAAGCAGCACUUUAAUGACAUUUAACAUCAGAUGUGUUUGGUAAUCAUACAAUCACUCCAUGGAAUCACUUUUAGUUUUGCUUAAUAGAAACUAAGUUGAUUUUUAAAUAUUUGACAAAGGCCAAUAUCUGGGCAAAAAACUAAUGGAUGCCAAAGAGAAAUGCCCAUUUGUAAAUGAGAGAGUACCUUUGUGCACAAGAAAAUGGUGAAUUCAGGCUAUCCAAAACUUCACAUCCAACCUAAUUUACUGUAUAAAUAGUAUCAAUAAAUAUUUGUGUUAAUGAGAACUAAUAUUCUGACUAAUUAUCUAAAAUGUUUCACUAGUGUUUCACUAGUCCUCCAAGAAACUAGAUUGAGAUGGAAGAGGGCAGGGUGGGGAGAAACCUGGGCUAGAGAUUUAAAACAUGCCUAAAUUUGGGAGGAUUCUAUAAAUUAUUUUUGCAGAUUCAUUAGAAAAGUUGUCAUUUUGUUUAAUCUUAAGUUUUGGAUGUAGCUCCCAUAUCACCACUGCCAGAUAGUGUGACCGCGUGCAUCCAUCAUGUUGCAUUGACACAUCAGACUUCUGUGUUUGUUUUGAUUGCCAAAAGGGCUUAAUAUCAGUUGUACAAUCUUUCUAAACUUUAUAGCUCCUGGCUCAGGAAAGAUAGCCUUUGCUGUUGAAGCCAACUUCUUCACAUGCUGUUAUCUGUUAUAGAACUAAGAGAUCUUGUUUUUAUUAGCAGGUUUCCAUGGUGGGAAAGAGCAGGUAGUAUGUGUCUUUAUUCUUGAUACAAAUAACACCACCUCAGUGCUUACUACAACCUGGAACAAAACCAUGCAACAAGAAGCGGGUGGAAUAAAAUCUAUGCACUUAAUUUACAAAAUCUCUGGUAAUGACAGUUGUAUUGUUACUGUUAACUGACACAACAGUCUGCCAUGUGGUGGGAAAUUAUAGCCUGCUGAAUCCUACUUAAGCUGAUCCACUUUAGACUGAGUAACUGUGCAAAACAUCCUUUGAAGAUACUGUCCCUGCUGACAUAGAUUUUGUCUGACAUCAAUUUUUGCAUUUUUGGUAACAAAUGAAACCGCCUGCAUACGAAUCUAACUUGUUAAAUACUUGCUCUGUGAUGGCCCUUAUGUAUAUCCUGGAAAUCACUUAUUUUGGUUUUAUUCAACUAUUAGCAGACUAAAACUUCCUUCUGCAGCAGGCUUCUUGUUUUUCAUGGUAAGGUCUUUUUUUAAAUAUUUAAUUUGAACAGCUCUGAAAUAUUGGCACUUGGGUCACUAAAGGAUUUUAAGAUUUGAAUGUAAGUUCAUUUCCUGUUGGUCAAAGACAUAUCUGUAAGUUGGCAAAAGAAAUUGAGAAAUGGGAAGCUUAAUAUUCAGGAUAGCAUUGAGGUUGAUAGCUUGAGAGAAUGGCAAAACUUUUAAAACCAAGUCCCCUGUUUUGCUGUGACUGACACCAUGGUAGUCUUAUUAGCUUGACCAGUAGGGAGUCAUUCCUUUAGCACAAAGCAGCAGGAGAUUUAAACUGCCAGUGCUAAUGUAUUUUGGUGUAUACUACAAGGAAGAAAUUAUAUCCUUGAAUUUGAGGGUGAUGGGGAUGGAUCAGGAAAGGAUGGCGCCAGAAUUCCACAUGAUGAUGAACUAAAAGAUGUUGCUUUUCAGAGGAAGGUAAAGCAUCUGUUUCGGGUAGGGGGAUAUCUCAUGUAAAAAUCUAAGUGAGUCAAAGAACUAGCCACUGUCUCUUUUUAAAACCAUGUAUACGCAACAGAAAAUAGGUCUGUUUUCAGUGCAACAUUGCAAAAAAAAAUGCUGCAAUCUAAUAA